AUGCCGACGAUUCUGCCGCGUAUAGACGGUGGAUUGCGCAAAGUCUACGCGCUGGGCCACUCGUUCGGCGGACGUCGUGAUUGUACCCCAGAGCUCGACCGCACGAUAUCUCGUCCGCCCGGUUGGGUCGCUCUGGACGGUACAAUCUCGAUGGGCGGCUACCGCUCCCUACCGCUCUACAUCACCAACACCCUCGGUCGCCGCACCCACUGGCCAUCGCAAGCCGCCGCACACGAAGUGCUCGCGGCGCACCCGUUCUUCGGGUCGUGGGAUAAGGACGUGUUGGAUGUGUAUGUGAAGCAGGCGUUGGUCGAGAGUGAAGAGGGUGGCGAGGUGCGGUUGGAGUGCGAUAAGGAGGAUGAGGCGGCGGUGUAUGCUAAGAAGCGCGCUUCGUGGGAGGCGUGGGGGGUUCUUCCUCGGGUGGAUGAGAGGGUGGCGUUGUUGUGGAUCAAUCCUCCUGCGGGCGAUAGUGUUGUUCAGACGCGAACAUCCAAGGGCUUCGGGUUUGCCGAAUUCAACACGCUCGAGACCGCGCGCGCCUUCGUCGACCCGAACUUCCCGUUCGUCCACCUGCCCCCGCCCCAGUCCCACGGCGCGUCCGCCACCAAAUUGUUUUGGCAGAUGCUGGAGCAGAACCCGCAGGCGCCGAUGGGCGGACGGCGCAUGAAGAUUGAUUUUAGUCAGAGCGCUAAUCCGGGCGAGCGGGGUGGUGGAGGGAAUGCAAAGAAGGGUCCUGGAAAUGAUGGGACGAGGGAUAUCGGCAACGCUGCUGCGCCUGUGUUGCUCUUCAGAGGCUUGGACGUGCUUAGCGGGCCACAGGCAAUCUUGCAGGCCAUGAAGACCAGUUCUGGUCUGCACAGGGAGGGCGCAAAGGGCAUGAAGAAGAUCGUGCUUGUCAAGGACCGUGUCAGUAUGCAAAGCUGGGGCUUUGCCUUUGUCGAGUUUGUUGAUACGCAGAAAAACCUCGCCGACGCAGUGUUGUGCGAGGCAGCACACAAGAAGGUCGCCGCGAUGAAUGGAGGGACCAAGAGCGAAGAGAAGAAAGAGGAAGAGCGGAAGUACCGCAACCGCGCCUCCGAGCGCCGCGUGAUCUACGGCCAACCGGACGUCCCCCUCCCCGAACCCUCUUCCUCGCGCCAAACCGGCGGCCCCAAAUUCGCCCCAGCACAAGCCUUGCCCACUCCCCCGCCUACGAUCAACCCCGGCGAAGACUCGAGCAACAUCGGUAACAAACUCCUGAAAGCUAUGGGGUGGAAAGAAGGGACCGGGUUGGGCGUCGAAGGGAAUGAAGGUCGGACGGCGCCGGUUCAAGCGGCUGUAUAUGCGUCUGGGGCGGGGCUUGGGGCGGCGAAGGGACGGUUGGUGGAGGAUGAGGUUAAGAGGAAGGAGGGGUAUGCUGGGUAUGUUGAGAGGGUUCGGGACGCGGCGAGGGAUUGGUUGAUGGAUGGUAGCAAGUGA